AUGAUCUCUAAGCUAAAAUUCAAAGGGGACUCAGACAGCCGCAAGAAAAACAAGAAGAAUGCUGACAGUAAAGCAAAAUCAAAAUCCAAAGUUAGACGAUCUCUAAGCACGGAAUUAUCUAGGCAAGAGCCGCAAGCUGCCUCCUUAGGCGCUUCUACUUUUCGCAUCAACAAUAGUCUAAGGAAAUUCAAGGAUAUCGACAAGGAUGACUUGGAAGCAGGAUGGAGUGUGGCUGCUACUUGUGAAGAUAUAAGUGGACCCACGAUACUUUUAGUUAAUGGUGUAGACUCCCCAAGGGCCUUAGCUUGCGUCAAUGAAUCCAUGACGACAGAUGACCGAUUGGAUUUAAUUGAUGUUGAUGAAACUGUCAAUUUUAAUGAGAGCAACAAUUCAGAAUUUGCGGCAGAAAAGGAAAUGUUUCGACUAGAGCCAACGCAAACUUCACAGGUAUUUGUUUCUACGCCGUUAGAUAAGCUUUUGUUGAAUGAAUCAGACCAAAAAGAUCCAGAUUACGGCAAGACCUUUCUAAGGAUGGCUAUGAAAUCCAACGAAGACAAAUAUUUAAGAUAUGAUAGAGAUACAGAUCAGUUGAUUGGUGAUUCUGUUACCAUAACACAUGAUACCAUUUUGACUUUAAGGAGGCUUCCAGAUCAAGGCUAUGGUGUAUGGUCGAUAACAGUCGGCUCAGACCCUUCACUGAAACUGGUAUACUUAGCUGAGAGUGACAAGGUCCGGGUCAUAAAAGAUGAAGAGAAUAUAUUGGAUCUUGAAACAACAAGUAUAGUAAUGAGGGUCCAGACAAAGAAUACCAAAUUGGGUCGCCAGAUCAUGGAGUACCAUGACUUUGCCACUCAAGAAAAUAUCGUUGAUUUGAACGAUCUUGAUCUUCAGAAGUAUAAGGAUGAUAGGUUAAUUUCGGAAAAACUUUUGGAAUUACAGAGGCUAAAAAUCAAGGUAGAUGAGGAUUUGAUUUCAAGGGUGCAACAAGCGGUGCAAAACAGUGAAAUAAAUGAAUUUAUGGUUAAACUGAAAGAACAAAGAACCAGUGACUCCAGCAGGUAUUAUUGA